UGUCAGUUCGGAUCAGCAGACGGUCUGGCCAAGCACCUGCUCCUUCCAUUGGCAGAGGGGAAGGACCCUUUGGGGGAAGAGACACAGGGAAGAAAGAAAAUGGAUUCAAUAGUGGCUGCCAUGACAACAGACGAGGCAGAGAGUGUGCAGAAGAAGCAGGUGCGUGAGCAGCAGCAAGAAGAGGAGGAGCCUGGAGAUCUGGGCCCUGGCCCUUCUGAGCCGAAUCAGGACGGGGGCUCUGGCUCACCACUGCCUCCCGGAGGCUCGGAAGAAGAACAGCAUCUGAAACCGCACCAGCGCACCUCAGCUGGCCGUGGCCUCUCACGCAUGUUCUCGUCCUUUCUGAAGCGCCACUCACAGUUCUCGGAGGGAGAGGGGGCUGACGUAGAGCGGGUGCAGGAGAAGGAGGGGCGGGACGAUCCCAAAGCCCCCAUCGCAGACCCUGAACCUGAACUCCGAAUCGAGGGAGACGCAGCACUAGACCUGCAUUCCAUCAGUAGUGCUGAGAACCAGCAGGUCACAGUGGAGCAGAAAGAGAACAUUGAGGGUGACAAAGGGAAAGUGGAGAAAGGAGAAAAAAAAGAGAAGAAGGAGAAGAAAGAAAAGGCAGAGAAAAAGGAAAAAACUGAAAAAAAGGAGAAGACUGAGAAGAAAGAAAAAACUGAGAAAAAAGAAAAGAAGGAGAAGAAGAACAAGUACAAGAGUGAAAAAGAAGAAGGAAAGAAAGAGAAGGAGCGUGAGAAAGAAGAGGAGAAAGAGGCAGAGGAGCCUAAGCCUGAAAAAGAAGCAGUGGCAGCAGAGGCAGAGAAGAUAGAGGGAGAAGGAGAGAGAGAAAAGGGGAAAGAGGAGGAGAAGUUCACUGAGGAAGAAGUGAAUACUCCUAAAGGUCCACGCCGGCCCAAGAUCAUGCACUGCAAAGUCACACUACUGGAUGACGCUGUGUACGAGUGCGAGCUAGACAAACAUGUCAAAGGCCAGGAGCUGUUUGCAAAAGUGUGUGACCACCUGAACCUGCUGGAGAAGGACUACUAUGGGCUUGCCAUAUGGGAGACACCAACUAUUAAGACAUGGCUUGACUUCACAAAGGAGAUUCGACGGCAAGUGCAAGGAACCAACUAUGAUUUCACAUUCAAUGUGAAAUUUUACCCACCUGAUCCGGCCCAGCUAUCAGAGGACAUCACCAGGUACUACUUGUGUUUGCAGCUACGCAAGGACAUCAUGAGUAGCCGACUGCCCUGCUCUUUUGUCACCUUAGCCCUGCUGGGCUCAUAUGUGCUGCAGUCAGAAUUAGGGGAGUAUGACCCUGAGAUCCACGGCACAGAUUAUGCCAAGGAGCUCAGACUCAUCCCUAACCAGACCAAGGAGCUGGAGGACAAAGUAAUGGAGCUCCAUCGCACAUACAAAUCCAUGAGUCCAGCUCAAGCUGACAUGAUGUUUCUGGAGAAUGCCAAGAAGCUUUCUAUGUAUGGAGUGGACUUGCAUCAGGCUAAGGAUCUGGAUGGGGUGGAUAUAAUGUUGGGCGUCUGCUCCAGUGGUCUCAUGGUUUAUAAAGACAAGCUGAGGAUUAACCGUUUUCCUUGGCCAAAAGUGCUCAAAGUCUCCUACAAACGCAGCAGCUUUUUCAUCAAAAUACGACCCUCUGAGCUGGAACAUUAUGAGAGUGCCAUUGGCUUUAAGCUGCCCAAUUACAAAGCCUCAAAGAAGCUUUGGAAAGUGUGCGUGGAACACCACACCUUUUUCAGGUUGACGUGUACCGAAGCUGCCACCACUCCUAGGAAGUUUUUGGCUCUUGGCUCCAAAUUCCGCUACAGUGGACGCACUCAGGCCCAAACCCGCCAGGCCAGCUCCAUGAUUGACCGUCCUGCACCCCACUUUCAGCGCUCUGCCAGUAAGAGGGCAUCACGCAGCUUAGACGGAGCAAUGGUGUCCACCCCGGAUAAAACCCCACGACCUGUCAGUGCUCCCGUCAUGUCUCCCAUUUCUCCUGGUGAUGCAGCUCCAUCCUCUGUGGUGACAUCAACAGCACGGGUAGAGCGUAAAGAAACUGUCACGCCCACCAGCCAGCCUUCCCAAGCGGGUGAGAAGAAGGGAGAGGCAAAGACAGAGAGUCAUGUGGCCGAGGCCUCCAAACCACAGGGCGCCAAACCGGAGGGCAAACCUGAGAUCAAGACGGUUGCCCGGCGUGAGAGGCGGCACCGUGAUGCCCCUGCGGUUACAGCUACUAAUGGGGAGAGAAAGAGUCAGUCCCCGCGAGCAGAUAUGGAGAUGGUGCGAAUGCGGAAGAAAAGAGCUAAGAAACUUGAGGGUGAAACUAUUUAUAUCAGGCAUAGCAAUUUAAUGUUGGAGGAUCUAGAUAAGACUCAGUCAGAGAUCAUGCGUCACCACAGCAGCAUCAGUGAGCUGAAGCGCAGCUUCAUGGAAUCUGUCCCCGAGCCACGGCCCAGCGAAUGGGACAAGCGCCUGUCCACACACUCACCCUUCCGCACAGCUAGCAUCAAUGGCCAGGUGCAGCCUGAUGCGUCUCCUGUGGUGAAGAUGCAUACAAUUACCAUUUCUGAUGUCACCAACUCCCUGCGCAGCGAAAUUGCUGCAAAGGAGGUCCCAGUAGUGCACACUGAGACCAAGACCAUUACCUAUGAAUCUGCUCAGCCUGACGCUCUGACAGAAAAAGAGGGCAUGCUUCUCAGUGCGCAGACGAUCACCUCUGAGACAGUAAGCACCACCACCACCACUCAGAUCACAAAGACAGUGAAAGGAGGAAUCUCAGAGACCAGAAUUGAGAAGAGGAUUGUGAUCACUGGUGACACUGAGAUUGACCAUGAUAAGGCUCUGGCUCAAGCCAUAAAGGAAGCAAAGGAGCAGCACCCUGACAUGUCUGUCACUAAAGUAGUGGUGCAUCAGGAAACUGAGAUCACCCCAGAGUAAAAUCUACCCAAAAAUAAGUAGAGGGGCAAAAUAAACCUGGGACCAAUUUGAAAGAUGAACGUGAACAUGACCACAGCCCCGCCUUCCCGAACUGCUCAGUUUCCUUUCUUUCAGUAUGUUAACCACCAUACAGACCUAGUUACCUCAGAGACAUGCACCUUUCCUGUAGAAGGCCAUCCCUGAUCGACAGACAUUCCAACCACCCUGCACCCCACUGCCCUACACUACCCAACACUCUGUUCCCUCAAACAUAAUCUCAAGUAUCAAGCAUCUCAUUGGACUGCAAGCUGAGCCCCAAAUGACCUCUUUGGACCCUCUUGAUAGAAGACCAUCAACAUUGUAACCAGCUGGAGGAAGAGCACAGGUGACCAUCUCCAAGCAGCUCCCAUGGACUGAUCCUAGUACCCACCAUUGACACACACUCCACCUUCACUCUCUGAUGUCUCUCUAGAUGUCUUGUUAGCGACUGAUUCAUGGCAAAAUGUUUUCUAAUAGGAAAAAUGUUUUCUCAAAGGACGAUUUGUUGUUUAUAUCUCAUUUGUUUGACAGUUUAAGAAUAGACUUCAAUAGGUUUGGUCAUACAGUCACAGGAGGAUGGUGAGAAUUUUAAGGACAUUUUUCUAACAGGUUCUUUUUUCUUUAACUGGACAAAUAUAAUGUGUAAUGCUAUGCUGGGGUUGGGUUCUUUGCAUGGGACAAAGGAGCAUCUGUUGUCAUCAGAGAAAGAUUUUGGUUUCAUUCUGUUGUAAACCAGUAUUUUUACAUGUAUUACUUUCCUACUGUGUUAAUGUUAUUUAUGUGUCUUUUUGUUUUUGUGUAAAAGAGUUAAGUGAAAUGUUAAAAGUGUUCAUUUUAAACAAAAACGGGCCAGUACAGAAUCAUUUUCAUUUUUUGAAAUAUGAAUAUUACUUUUGUGAAUCAUAUUUAUUGUUCUUAUAGUCAGUAUCAUUAUCAUCAUUUUGUUUUCUCUUUGGUUCUUGUCAUUGUAGUUCUUUUGUCACAGUGGAAUGGGGCUGUAUUAGAGAAGAGGGACAGGGCAAACAGUCUAGUGAUAGUAUGUUCUGUUUUAUUUCUAUUUACUUCCAGCUGUCUUAUUUUAUGUGAGUAUUCAGCAUUUUAGAUGGCCUGCUGUUUUUAUGUGCAGGUUAAUUGUAGUCUAUGUUUUUGUAUUAGAUUUAACAGAGCAUUCCAGUCACCAGCUACAGCUAAUUCUUUUUUACUGGAAUUGUAGAGACAGCUUUUUGUCUCUCUUCCAUUUUCAGCAUAUUUCUACUUUUCUACCAAAGGGGGCAGUAGGAUCUCAUGCUCAGACUGCACAUAUCUGCAGAGCCUCAAAACAUAAACAAGCAUUCUUGCUAAAGCUAAACUAGGAUUAGAGGAAUUAGAGACUAGUAGGAAGAGCAGAGUUAAUUGCUGAUUAAAGUAACCCAAAGGUGCUCAGAAGUACUUGCUUAUAAUGCUUAUAUGUGUUUCCUGUCAACGUCAGCAUUAUUACUGUUCUGUGAUUUAUUUGCUUAUAUUGACUUCCUAUGAGUGUCAGUCUAUAAAAAUGGAUCAAGCAUUGUGUUAAGCUUUGGCACAGCCAGUGUUACAGAGAUCAUAAAUGUUAAUUUCUCCAUUUGGCAGAUGCAUUUAUUAAUGUGGCAUGGACUACUGCCCCUCGAAAUGAACCCAUAUCAACCUAAAGAAUCCAGCACAUACAGUUUUUAAAUUGUCUAUUUUCAAACCUUAUGCUUUUAUAAUAGUAUAAAUAGCAUUCUGUACAGAGGCUGAAGUUGCUGUAGCUCUUUCAGUGUGUUGUCUCCAUCAUCGUGGCACUCCUUUCCUUUCUGUUAAUGUGGAUCGUAAAAGAGGUGGAGUCUUGGGUUUUAAAUAUGUCCUUUCUUGUUUAGCCCAUCUCUCUUUGCUAUCAUUGAGAAAGAAUUCAAAUGUAAAAUAGAGCACCAUGCACUGAAUAAAUUCAAUUUUAGUCCCAUUGUCUCUCUCCACACAGUUUCAUAAGUGUUCUGAUCUCUGUCGCUUGGCUGUUUUCUACUGUAGCAUCAUGUUUCCAUGCAUGUACCUCAAAUGAGAGUGUGCUUCCCUCUCACAUGUUAUGCUUACUCACUGCUUUCUUGUUCAGGAUGGAAAUUUAUAAAGAGUGAGAUAUGAAUGAA